AUGGAUGACAAUCAGCAAUUGAGCGAAGAGCAGGUUAUGAAUGGCUUUCAUGCAUUUCUAGUCAGUGCUCUCCGACACGCAAAGGUCGAGCGCUUGCUUGACGAUGAACUAUUGGCCAGUGCCGAAGCCGAUCUAAUGAUUUGUGGUCCUGCCUUGUGUCUUUACUUUGCGGCGCUUCGUUCGAACACAAAUCCUCCUGGUGUGCCCCUCCCACGCCCUCGGGGGAGUGAUGAGCCCCAAAAGCGACUUACUGCGAUUACAUGCCCCCCUGGAUUUCUCCCCUUCUUUGAGCUAUGGGCUCGAGCAGUCCCCAAGAUACAGUCUCUUGCCCCUGAACACACAUAUGACCUCGCGAGUAUAAUCUGCGGCAAAGCCCCUGUCACGCUUCCUGCCGACAUACCUUCCCCUUUCCCCGAAUCACCAACCGCCGAACAAACAAUACUUUCCAAAGUACAUGCGAUCGCCGCCGAUUUGCGCGCAGUUGCAAUUGAGAUAUCACAGCGGCGAUCAUUCCAAGUUCGAUAUCAGGAGGAUUUGCAGGCGGCCCUCAACUUGGGCGAUCCCACAAGCCCGGGAGGACCAAGGACAGUGCCAGCGACAGCCAAAUUCGUCCCACCUCCAGGUUAUGAAGAAGCUGCAUCAGCAUCACCUCAUUCUGCAGUGCUCUGUGGAAAGAUUUCAGAGCCAUCUGUCUAUACGUCCGUUCCAAGUUCAAAGGCCCCCUCAUAUGGCUAUGGCCUUGGUAUGCCGGCCUCACCUCCACUAAAUUCUCGCCAAAGCUCUACCGAUCGUCGCUAUGCUGAACUCCCACCACUUCCACCAGGCACUCCAGAGGCAGGGCAAGAGCCGUUCGUAGGUGGAUUUGCGCCCCCUGGAAGUCCACGAACUCCGAUAAGUGGCGGGGGCGGGUUCGGUUCGCCGAAUGGUGAAUCAAUGCCGGGCGGAUGGGCUCCACUUCGGGUACCUCAGCGCUCUAGUACACCUACGCCUUCUCGACCGAAUACAGCGUAUGGCCACCGCGCCACACAGUCAGCAACCCUACCGGUACCAGGAUCCAGUUCUAUUCCUAGGCCUGCAAGUCCCUCCCUAUUGACUGCGAAUGACCCAGCCAUUACGAUCAUUCGCGAAACUUUGUAUGCUGGGCUCGCGGAUGCGUUAGUUGAAGCACCUGAAUUGCUGGAUUUGUUGGAGACAGAUCCUACAAGGACGUACUUUGCCGCAGUCGGGUUGGCCAUUUUAAAUGUAUCGUUAACUUCGGUCACCCCUCGUGGGUCAAUUCGAGCAGUUCUUGGGCAAGAGCUUACAUUAGAAGCCUGCCCGCAGCCUCUCCGCCCGCUUAUGAUGGAGUUUGCCGCCAUUGGCGAGUCUGCCAAAGAGAUAGCAGAGGAGGACGACCGCCGAGCUAUGCACCUCGCAGAACGAGGCAUGGAUAUCCCCGAACCUCGGAUUGAUCGGCUUAAACGGACACUCCAAACGGGAGUCGCAGCACAACGUCAAGAAGAACGUGCUGCUCGACGCAACACUCGACGAUUAGCUAGAGAAAGAGAAAGAGGCAGGAGCAUCCAUCACCAAGAGGAAGGUGAAGAUACCAGUGGGUCCGACGAAGGCAGACAAAGUCCCUCAAGCUCGACUGUUCGAUUCGCUAACCGCCUGAACGAGCUUGCUUUGCGGAUGACCUCUUUGCCUACCUUUAAACAAAGGCAGCAAGAAGUAUUCUCUAUUCUCAAAGGAGUGAGGGCAUGA